AUGCCGUUCAAAAAUCAAAUCGAUCGUAUUCUGAACCGCCUACAUCCGAAAUCGGACGAUAAUUCCGGAGGAGCAUAUUAUUGUGGUCACAGUACGAAAACGAUGAACCAGCUAAAAAAUAUGUACAAAAAAUGCAGAGUAUGCCGAAGUUGCUUGAGAUGGCCGUUUACGAAAACCGUAAAAUGUCAAAAUUGUUUUUUGACCAGCCACGAGACUUGUAUGAAAUCGAUAAUGUGCCCGUUGGGAGAAAAAUCUGACGAUCGACCCAUGAACAUAUUCGAAUCUGAAGUUUAUACGGGACAACCUUGGAGGAUGGAGGACCAAUUAUGUGGCUCUACAGCAAUAAUAUAA